AUGGCAAAUUACUUGUUACCACGACGGACAGGUUCUUACACGUCCAAGUUUGCUACGGUUGACGACUCUGCAAUUUUAUCAGUCGGUGGUACGUUGCAUUCGAAUAUUGUGCACAAGAACAACCUUCAAUUACAUCGAGGAACUUUACAAUCAAUGGUAGCAAGCCAUGAAAAGGAAGUUUUCCCGAUAACAUCGAAGGAACUGUCUAUAUGCAUGCUGGAUUCUACUACCCAAUGA